UACGUGCACCUCAUCCAGCGUCUCAAUCUCCAGUUAAUAGCCCAGCACCACGCUCAAAACAAGCACUCGCAUGUCUUCGAAGUGCUUACCUCGUUCAAUGCAUCGGUUCUCCAUCUUGACAUCCAGUUCGACUUUGUCAUCGAGAACCAACGAGGCAUGAAAUUCUUUGGCAUUCCUCUAUUCUCCAACAAGACAUUGCUCCCGUUAUUGGACCCUCCCAACUACCAGCUGCUCCACAUGAAGCCCAUUGUACUCUCGGAGAACUCGAUAGUCAACUAUCCAUUGCCUGACUUGGACUGGAAAUGGACGUGGGACUCUUGGUACAUCUUGAUGUACAAUGAUGUGGACGACCAGGGCUGGGUAUACUCGAACAUAGUGUUCAACAAGACGUUGAGCGAUUCUACCUGGAAGGGAAAGUACUAUACUGGGAACUUUGUCAGACGAAGGAUAUGGGUACGGAUGCGGGAACGA